UUUAUGAACGCUAUUUGUAUGACAUUGGAGGUUUCUCCUUGCCGGAAGUUUGAGUCGCUGUUGCUUAAAUAGCUGUGCGUGGCUUUACCAACUCCUUUUUAAUUGAUUACUGGUGUCUGUCGGAUCAUGUCAAGCAGUUCUGCGGAUUAUAACAGCUCUAGAGACAGAGACCAUGGGGGCCCUGAAGGAAUGGAACCCGAUGGUGUCAUUGAGAGCAAUUGGAACGAAAUUGUGGACAAUUUUGAUGAUAUGAACUUAAAGGAAACAUUACUAAGAGGUAUUUACGCCUAUGGUUUUGAAAAGCCAUCUGCCAUUCAACAGAGAGCUAUCAUUCCAUGCAUUAAAGGCUAUGAUGUCAUUGCUCAGGCACAGUCAGGAACUGGCAAGACAGCCACUUUUGCAAUCUCUAUCCUUCAGCAGCUGGAGAUUGACCAGAAGGAGACUCAGGCUCUGGUUUUGGCUCCGACCAGAGAGCUGGCUCAACAGAUCCAGAAAGUAAUCCUGGCUCUGGGUGACUACAUGGGUGCCACGUGCCAUGCCUGCAUUGGAGGCACGAACGUCCGCAAUGAGAUGCAGAAGCUCCAGGCGGAGGCUCCCCACAUCGUUGUUGGAACACCUGGGCGAGUGUUUGACAUGCUGAACAGGAGAUACCUGUCUCCUAAAUGGAUAAAGAUGUUUGUGCUGGAUGAAGCUGAUGAAAUGCUGAGUAGAGGAUUUAAGGAUCAAAUCUAUGAAAUCUUCCAGAAACUGAGCACAAACAUUCAGGUGGUGCUUCUGUCUGCUACAAUGCCAGCUGAUGUGUUGGAAGUGACCAAGAAGUUUAUGCGUGACCCAAUCCGUAUUCUGGUGAAAAAGGAAGAGCUUACCCUAGAGGGUAUCAAGCAGUUCUACAUAAAUGUAGAGAGAGAGGAGUGGAAGUUGGACACGCUGUGUGACCUGUAUGAGACUCUUACCAUCACUCAAGCUGUCAUUUUCUUGAACACAAGGAGGAAGGUUGACUGGCUGACAGAAAAGAUGCAUGCAAGAGACUUUACCGUCUCUGCUCUGCAUGGAGAUAUGGACCAGAAGGAAAGGGAUGUUAUCAUGAGAGAAUUUAGGUCCGGAUCUAGUCGUGUCCUGAUCACAACUGACUUGUUGGCUCGUGGUAUUGAUGUGCAACAAGUGUCUUUAGUUAUUAACUAUGACCUGCCCACAAAUCGGGAGAACUACAUACACAGAAUUGGUCGUGGUGGCCGUUUUGGCAGAAAAGGAGUUGCCAUUAACUUUGUAACUGAAGAAGACAAGAGAAUUCUUAGAGAUAUUGAGACAUUCUACAAUACUACUGUUGAGGAGAUGCCUAUGAAUGUGGCUGAUCUGAUCUAAACCCUGGGAUGAGAUUUCUUGAAUGCAGUGCUUGCUGUUGCUGAAUAAACAGUGGUGCAUUGUUGUUUUGGGGGUGGGGAGGGGAAAUAGACUCUUGUUCUCCAUGCUGAUGCUGGAUCAGAAAUACUGAUUUGGUUUUAAGUGACUUUUGAGCUCUGAGAAGUCUUUUGGGCUUUAUCCUCUUACAGUUAGACUGUUGGGGUGGGCAAUAGAUAUGAGGUCUUUACACCAUUUCUUUAGGUAUUUUUUUUCUAGUUCCAUAGAAGUGUUUGUAAUAAAUGUUCUUUAUCGUUUAAUAAUUUACUUGUGGACUAAAAGAUACAAGUGCUGUAUUAAGUCAGCCAAUUAUGUUAAACUAACAUAUUUGCAUUUAUUGUAAGAUUAGCUUAGUUCAGUAGCAUUGCCUGUUUAAUUCUGUGAGCACUUUUUUUUAUAGUUUAUAAAACUGUAUUGUGGAUAUGUAUUUAUUGAAUAAACAAUAAUUAAGUCUUAUCUAAAAA